AUGACCUCCGAUCCGAAAAAUCCUCCUCUUGGCAAGACAGCCAGCUCUCUAGCCCGCUUAUACGCUCCUCAGAUCAAGGGGAAAGCUGUUCUUACUACGGGCGUCUCACCAUCAGGACUAGGCGCUGUCUUUAUUACGGCUAUUGCAAAGUCGGAACCCUCGCUGCUUAUCCUUGCAGGCCGCAAUGUUGCGAAAAUACAGGAAACUGUGCAGACGCUGGUAGCAGAAACCUCAGAUUCACCUGUGGCUAUUCGCAUCCUUGAGCUCGAUAUUUCGUCUCUUGACGCUGUUCGGAAUGCCGCCAACACAGUCAAUGGAUGGACAGAUAUCCCCCAUAUUGACGUGGUUGUUAGUAAUGCUGGUAUAAUGGCUGUCGAUUACAAGGUAUCUCCUGAGGGACAUGAGAGCCAGUUUGCAACAAACCAUUUAGGCCCAUUCCUCUUUACGAAUCUCAUAAUGGGCAAGGUUCUUGCCUCUCCAGCGCCUCGUAUAGUCAUGGUCAGCAGCAAUGGCCAUCGACUCUGUCCAAUCCGCUUCCAUGACUAUAACUUUCAGGGCGGGGAGACAUAUAAUAAAUGGCAGGCUUACGGCCAGUCAAAGACGGCAAACAUGCUCAUGGCAGUCUCUCUAGCCCAGAAACUGGGGAGCAAGAAUCGGCUCUUGUCAUUCAGUCUGCAUCCAGGGGUCAUCCUUACGAACUUGGGUGCUCAUCUGGACUGGAAGACUGCCUUUCCUUUAAUGAAUGAGCUAGACCGCUUCUUGGGGAACCGAGAAGCCCAGAUGACUUCCUUACCCCUUAUUACUCCUGAGGAAGGUGCAGCAACCUAUGUGUUCGCUGCUUUUGAUCCAGAUCUUUCCACCCAUAACGGCUCAUACCUUACGAAAUGCGGUGUUGCGGAUCCCUGGGUUGAUACUCUUAAACCUUGGGCUACUAGCUCUGUUGAGGCAGAGAGAUUAUGGAAGCUGAGUGAAGAGCUUGUUGGGCAGGAGUUUGUCUACUAG